AUGAUCAAUUUUCUUAAUGAAAUUACUCCAACAGAAUAAGGAAAUUAAAUUAAAAGUAUGAUAGAAAAAAAAAAACUUGAGUAAACUAAUUUAAAUUAGCUAUCAAGGAUUAUAUUUUACAGAAAUCAUCAAAGAAAAUGCAAGAUGAUAAGUAUUAUGAUAUAAUUACUUGUUUAAUGGAGAAAUUAAUGUUAUCAACACAUUAAAUAAAUGAAUUAAUUAUGUAAAAAAUUUGAUUUGAUUAUGAAAUUUUUGAGAUCAUUAUGGAAUAUGAUUUAGCAAAAAGCUUUUAAAUAACAAUUAAUUUAUUUUAUUUCAACAAUGUUAUAAACCAAAGGGAAAUGUCACAUUAAAUAAAAGUAUUUAACCAAAUUUUGA